UCUGGAGACUUACCUUCUUCUUUGAAAAAUUGCAAUCGGCUGUCAUUUUUGGAUUUAAGCGAGAAUAUGUUUUCUGGAAGUAUACCGGCCUGGAUAGGAGAAAACUUGUUAUCUUUGAUUUUUUUGAGUCUACAAGCUAAUGAGUUUUAUGGGAGGAUACCUUCCAAUUUAUGCCAAUUAGCAAAGAUACGGAUUCUGGACCUCUCCCAAAACACUCUCUCUGGAGCAAUACCAUUGUGCCUUAAUAAUCUGACUGCCAUGGUUCAAAAAGGAGAUCCAGAUGGUAUUAUCGAGCAUAAUUAUUGGUAUUCAGUGGAAGGAAAUAAAUCUUUCUGGGGAGACUCCUACGUUGAAAAGGCAUGGGUUGGAUGGAAAGGAAUGAAGUACGAGUAUGAAAGAAGUCUUUUACUGUUUAGAAUCAUUGAUUUCGCAUGCAACAAAUUAAAUGGAGAAAUUCCAGAUGAGAUAACAAGACUUUCUGAAUUGGUUGUAUUGAACUUAUCAAGGAACAAUUUGAUAGGACUUAUCCCUAAAAACAUUGGUCAAUUGAAACAAUUACAAUCUGUUGAUUUGUCAUACAAUCAUUUGUCGGGGCCAAUCCCUGACAGCAUGGCUGAUCUAAAUUUUUUGAGUUACUUGAACCUGUCAUAUAAUAACUUAUCAGGAAAAGUUCCAACGGGUACUCAACUCCAAUCCCUUGAGGCUUCAGCCUUUAUGGGAAAUCAAGCACUGUACGGGCCUCCAAUUACACAACAGUGCCCCAAAAAUGACACGUUUCAACCUCAACCACCUGAAGAAGAGAGGGAUGAAUUCAAUAGAUGGUUUUAUGUUGGAAUGGGAAUCGGAUUCUUCAUGGCGUUUUGGGGAGUUUUUGGCACUCUACUGUUGAAGCGUUCUUGGAGGCAUGCAUAUUUUCGACUCUUGGAUAACUGGACGGACUCACUGUACGUGACAUCCAUGCUGUCGAGUGCAAGAUUGGUAAGGAAGUUCAAAAGUUAGAGACUACUAAGUUUCUACUAAAGGUUAACUAUCAUAGUUGUAGCAGUAUCAGAGUUGUGAACUAUGGAUUCAAAAAGAUAAAGAACGUGGCAUGCAGACAUAGCUCCAGAUUGGGACAAAAUGCGUUGUCUCUUGAUGAAUAGUCUGCUUUUUUUUCUGUUUUGAGAAGGAUGAAUAAAUAUGCUUUGAAAUUAUCUUCUUGUCUAUGCAUGCUUAUCUACUUGUUGAUGCACGAAUUCUGAAGAAAACUUU